CACUUUGUAAGGUAACUGAAAAAAAAGAGAAACUUCUUUCCAUUUUUCUGUAGAAAAAGGAGAGCCAGCGGGAGGAGAGACAACGCAGAGUUUCUCUCGCGCUUUUUGUGUCCCUUGAUUUCCGAGAACAUUCUUCCCCUCUCUCCUUUUCCUUAUAUUUUUCAUCACAUUUGGGUCACUGAUUUGUGCUCAACACUCUCAUUGGGGAGCUUUACCCGCAUCAAAAUUGACCUGAGAAAUAGUGGGAAAGAAAAACCCAGAAAAAGGAAGUAAUCAUGACGGUUUCUGCUUCUGAAAAUUCUUCCUCCAGCUCUUCGUCACUUGCUCACCUUGCUCCUCUUCAAGCUGUGCUGUUUGAUGUUGAUGGAACCCUUUGUGAUUCUGAUCCCCUCCAUCACCAUGCUUUUUGUGUAAUGCUUCAAGAGAUAGGAUUUAAUGGCGGUGUUCCAAUUACUGAAGAAUUCUUCAUUGAGAAUAUCGCCGGGAAGCACAAUGAUGACAUUGCCGAAAUUCUUUUCCCUGGUGAUCGUGAAAGGGGCUUGAAAUUUUGUGAGGACAAGGAAGCUAUGUUUAGAAAGUUGGCUAAGGAGCAACUGAAACCCAUUGAUGGCCUGUACAAAUUACGUAAAUGGAUUGAAGAUCGUGGUUUGAGGCGAGCUGCAGUGACCAACGCUCCAAAGCCUAAUGCUGAGCUGAUGAUUUCAUUACUUGGCCUUUCUGACUUUUUCGAAGCUGUCAUUCUUGGAAGUGAUUGUGAGCGUGCAAAACCAUUCCCUGAUCCCUAUUUGAAGGCGCUUGAAGUACUCCACGUGUCCAAGGAUCACACUGUAGUAUUUGAGGAUUCUGUUUCUGGAAUCAAAGCUGGGGUUGCUGCUGGCAUGCCGGUUGUUGGUUUAACAACUAGAAAUCCAGAGCACUUGUUAAUGCAAGCAAAACCUACAUUUCUCAUAAAGGACUAUGAAGAUCCGAAGCUAUGGGCGGCAUUGGAAGAGCUUGAUAAGAAAUCUGGCAAACAAACAGAUGGUGCCUGAGUCAUAAUUUCCAUUGCUAAUCCUUAAGGAUCUUGUGCAAUAAUACUAUGCGGGUUAUAGUUUGUCUUUACUAUCGAAAAUACGUUUCACAUUCUCGGAAGUGAUCAUGAACAAAAACCGUAAUGGUUUUGACCUUCUUACUUUAAGGGAAUAGUUGGAGAACCAGAUUGAUCGGGGUGGAAGAUACCCUUAUUUUGAGAUUGUGCCUACUUAAUUACCCCAUUUUUGGGGCAAAGUCAGAUGAUUAUUAUUAAGCCCAAUUUGUGAUGUGAUAUAGAAAGCAUGUAAAGGGCUACUUAUGUAUUUUGCUCGGCUACUAGAUUUAAAUCGUUUGGAUAUUACUCCAUCAUCAGCGCUUGAGCUCGCACAUGUGAGUUUUAGCUCGUUUUCUGCGGUUAAUAACAUUUCCGAACCGAUGGAUCUACAAAUAAGCUCAAGAUCUACACAAGAGGGAUAGAAAGCCAUUUUCAGCUCCAGUAACGACUCAAGGGAUACAGAGCGCAAAUGCACCAAGAAACAAUUCCCUAAUUAAAUUUAAGCAAUCCAUCAAUAUCAGAAAUUAACAUGAAACAUAUUUUUCUAGUGAAAUUAUCUUUCCAGGAGGUUCAUGAAACAGUCAAUCUCAUCUUGUCCACAGCACUGAUUCUAUUUCAUCCCUUGCAGCCUUGUAUAGCUCUAGCCUCUUCAAACACUGCUGCCUCCUCUCCAGUAAUGCUGGGUCUUCAUCCAGCAGAUGACUAAGCUGAUGGCCCUACAAGGACAAAAAAAAAAAAGAAGCAAAUUUGAAGUUUUGCAAGAUCCACCUUUAUGUACAUAAACUUCAGUAAUCUCAGAUGUAACGGCUUAUUCAGGGAGCACACUUUUCAUUUCGUUAAGAUAGAUCGUAGCCGUGGAAUAAUUUGAAACGAUAAAUUCGGAUAACAUCUCUAAUCAAUUAGUAAGCAU